GUAUUUUAUUAUUUUAGGCAAAUAAUAUGAUUGCAUGUAUAUAUGUGUGUAUGUGUAUACCUUUACUAAUAUUGCACUACAAAUUACUACCGUUAGAAGAAACAAGCAAUCUUAAUCUCAUCUUGCCAUUCGGAAUUCCAUGCCCGGAUAUACUGAAUCGUUCUAUAAUAUACAUACAUAACUUAUGUCUUCAUUGAGGGAAGUUAGCUAGUAUGUAAAUAUAAAUCCGAAUGAUAUUAAGUUAACGAUAUUAUGCUCAGUGCAGUUUACUAAAAUCCGACGUAUUUUUUCAUGUAUCUAUAAUGUGUUUAUUCUGUUUAAGAAUUGUAGUUUUGUAUUCUACCAUAAGGAAACAAAGUAAUGUACUGUAAGAGACCCAACAUAAAAGACAUAAUGGCAGGGUUACUAUUGGAAUCACUAGAAUUGCAUUCAAAUUAUUUUCAUGACGGUCAGGAAUACGAAACUGUCUAUUCGAAGCAUAUGCACAACUAUUUUUCAGAUGUUUACCACCGCUACACAAACAAUCCAUUUUAAUAAAUAAAUUUUUUUUUAAUUUUUUAAACAACUGUUAUACAGCCAGCGUCAAACACUUAUGUAUUUAUUACAUUGCUUGUUUUAUUUCAGUUAUUGCUAAGUGAUAACAUUUUUUUAAAUGAUAUUUAAUACUCUUCAAAUUGAUGAAAAAACAAAAACAAAAUUCUUACAACAACAAAAGUUAUGGAAACCUAAAAUAGGUUAUUCUUCUAGCGUUAAAAGAAAGUAUACAAAAUAACAAUAAAUGAUGGAAACAUAUUUUUCGUACUUUGUAUGCUUUCCAUUUACUCUAAUUAUGACUUGUAAACGUCGCGACAUUGAAUUGAGAAGAUUUUCUGUUACUUCCAGUUACUUCCGGUAAUAGAAAAUCUUCUUGUCAUUCUUCUGCAAUGACAUUUUUGAGCAUGUCUUUCCUUGUGAACUCUCCUUAGCGCGAUAGAGAAUGACGUUAAAAAUGUUCUCUCCAAAUUGAAACUAUCUUCAAAACUCUUCCUUUUAAGAAUAGAGAAAUCCGCAAUAUCGUACAGGGCCUUUUUUUCGUGUCAUCUCAACAUUUUAUUAAACUAUUAUACACCCAAUAAAUAAACAUAAAAAAUCAUAUGUACUCGUCAUAUAUGUAUUUAAAAUUAAAAAAUAACGACCGGUUAGUUAAUUUAAACAUUAAAAAAAAAUUGCGAAAAUCAGUGAUUGUUCGAAGGGGCACACUAAGACGAUUGCUUGAAUAUCAUUUAAAAAAUAUAAAUUGUUACAUUAUAUCACUUAGCAAAAACUUAAAUAAAGCAAGCAAUGUAAUAAAAAAAAUGUUGAACACUUUAUUUUCAUGCUGACUGUACAUAUGCACAUUUCACUUCUACAUGCACGAAAUGUUCACUAGACACAUCUACAUAAAUAUGGUUGAAAAUAUAUAGUAUGUCCCUAAUAUAUUCGGUAUAUAGUUUGCUAAGUAGAAAAUCACUAUAUCGUCAUCUAAGAUGCUGAAUGACGUAUCACCAAUUCGAAAUUGUGUUUUUGUUUUUAUUUAUUAUGAUUCGCUACAUCACGUUACACCCAACUCUUUUUUUACACGGUAUCUUUUUACACGGAUUUGAAGUUACACGGUUGAAAAAAAAAAUUUUAAUUACGAUUUCAAAAUCACUGUCUUGUAAUUAUGUUUGUUUUUACCACACUUAGCACCGUUUCUGAAAAGACAAUACAUAGUAGUACCUGCGAAAUAUCCUUAUUCGAUAACUCUUACCUACACUUUUUGUUCGCAUAAUAUUUACAUUGCUGAAGUGGAUAUCUCCAGCGAUGAUACCGACUUUAGUCCAGUCUUCGCAAACUAUAGCGGUUAUUAUCAAGUAGCGACGAAUAAUUAUGUAACUAGAGUGGCAGAUAUUUUCGGUAAAAAGGGAAAUUAAGCACAACUUUUGCAAAUUGGAUAGUGAUACGCCCAUUGUUCAAUUUUCAGAGGUCAAUAUAAUGACACUUUGUGCACAAACAACCGAUCGGUGAAAAAACUAUAGUACUCCGAAAAAGUUGUAUAUCAAUCAGCCAGAAGAUAUACGAACUUACUUGGACUCUGAACUUGGAAACAUUUCAAAUUAAACAAAUCCUAUUUUUUAAAAAAUACAAUGUCUUAGCCGCUGAAAAACGAAAAAUUGGCAGAACUGAAUAAAUAAAGUUUUAUUAAAAAAUGGCAAUGUCAAAGGUCAUGAGGGUGCUGGAAAAAUCUAUUCCACCAUCACCUUAUAGCGUUCUUUUAGAGCAUCGAAAUAAAAGUGAUAGCAUUCUUUUUGAAUCUCAUGCGGUCGCUUUGCUCUCCACUCAGGAAACUGACGUAAUACGAAAGCAGUAUACAAAAUUGUGUGAUGCUUACGGUUGUCUUGGUGUGCUGCAACUAAAUGCUGGAGAAAGUACUGUUUUGUUUCUGGUGCUUGUCACUGGCUGUGUCUCAAUGGGAAAAAUCUGUGAUGUUGAAAUUUUUCGAAUUACGCAGACACAAUUCGUGGCUUUGCAAAAUGCAGCUCCGAAUGAAGACAAAAUAUCGGAGUGUCGCAAGCUGUUGAACUCGGGAACUUUUUACUUUGCACAUUCGAAUCCUUCGAUGACCAGUAGUUUACAAAAGUUUGAUAUAACAUUAUGUGCUCAACGGAGGCAAAAAAUAUCUGAGACUGACAAUCGUUUCUUUUGGAAUCGAAUGAUGCACAUACAUAUGCUCCGUUUCGGUGUAGAUUGUCAAUCAUGGCUUCUGAAGGCAAUGUGUGGUUCUGUGGAAGUUCGCACGGUGUAUGUUGGAGCUAAACAGGCUCGCGCCGCUAUCAUAUCUCGUUUAAGUUGCGAGCGUGCCGGCACACGAUUUAAUGUUCGAGGCACCAACGAUGAGGGGCAUGUUGCUAACUUUGUUGAGACCGAGCAGGUUAUAUAUGUGGAUAGUGAUGUGACUAGUUAUAUUCAAACACGUGGAUCGGUUCCUCUUUUUUGGGAGCAACCAGGUGUACAAGUUGGCUCACACAAAGUGAAAUUAUCACGAGGGUUUGAAGCUUCUGCGGCAGCAUUUGAUCGACAUAUGGUGAUGAUGAAACAACGGUACGGAUAUCAGGCGAUUAUAAACCUUUUGGGUACUUCGAUGAUUGGUAGUAAGGAAGGUGAGGCAAUGUUAAGCAAUGAAUUCCAAAAACACCAUAAUAUGUCCACCCACAAAGAUGUUUCACAUAUUAUAUUUGAUUAUCAUCAAGAGUGUCGAGGUGGUAAUUUUGGUGCGCUUUUGAAACUGAAAGAGCGCUUAGGAGUUUGCGGUGUAAACUAUGGAUUUUUCCAUGCUUCCCAAGGGCAAGCAUUACGUGAACAAUUUGGUGUUAUUCGCACUAAUUGCCUCGAUUGUUUGGAUCGCACCAAUUGCGUUCAAACGUUCUUGGGCUUAGACAUGCUCAAUCAACAAAUUGAAGCUUUAAAGUUGGGAGAGAAAAAACAAAAUUUUUCCAGAUUUGAAGAAAUAUUUCGGCAAAUGUGGGUAAAUAACGGUAAUGAAGUUAGUAAAAUCUAUGCAGGUACUGGAGCUAUACAAGGUGGCUCCAAACUAAUGGAUGGAGCACGAUCAGCCGCUCGUACUAUACAGAAUAAUUUGUUAGAUAAUUCAAAACAGGAAGCAAUUGAUAUUUUAUUACUUGGAUCAACACUAUCGUCAGAAUUAGCCGAUCGAGCUCGAAUAUUAUUACCAUCGAAUAUGCUGCAUGCGCCAACUACAGUUUUGAGGGAAAUGUGCAAACGCUUUGCUGAGUAUGUAGCUCCGCGUACCUGUCGCGUCGCAGUUGGUACCUACAAUGUAAACGGUGGUAAACAUUUUAGAAGUAUUGUUUUUAAAGACUCUUUGUCUGACUGGUUACUCGAUUGCCACGCAUUAGCACGAGCUAAGGCUCUAGUGAACGUGAACAAUCCAUCGGAGAAUGCCUGCGAUCCGGUUGAUAUAUAUGCGAUUGGUUUUCAAGAGAUCGUUGAUUUGAAUGCCUCUAACAUUGUUGCUGCCAGCACAGAUAAUGCCAAAUUAUGGGCAGAGGAAUUACAAAAAACUAUUUCCCGAGAUAAUGAUUAUGUGCUUCUCACAUAUCAACAAUUAGUAGGCGUGUGUUUAUAUAUAUAUGUUCGACCUGAGCAUGCGCCAUUUAUUCGUGAUGUUGCCAUUGAUUGCGUUAAAACGGGACUAGGGGGCACCACUGGAAAUAAGGGAGCAUGUGCGAUACGCUUUGUUUUUCAUGGAAGUUCGAUGUGCUUCGUCUGUGCUCAUUUUGCUGCUGGUCAAUCACAGGUUGCUGAGCGUAACGCAGAUUAUGCUGAAAUAACAAGAAAGUUAGCGUUUCCAAUGGGACGUACUCUAAAGUCGCAUGAUUGGGUAUUUUGGUGUGGAGAUUUUAACUAUCGAAUCGACAUGGAAAAGGAUGAUUUGAAAGAAGCUAUACAGAACGAAGAUCUCACAUCUGUACUGCUGAAUGAUCAGCUGCGUAAGGAGCAAGAAGCAGGCAAUGUCUUCAGCGAUUUUCUUGAAGGAGAAAUCAAUUUCGAUCCUACGUACAAAUAUGAUUUGUUUAGUGAUGAAUAUGAUACGUCAGAAAAACAACGUGCACCUGCUUGGACUGAUCGUGUAUUAUGGCGUCGACGCAAAGCUUUGGCAGCCGAAACAGAUGUUAAUAGUGUCGAAUGGAAUCCAGGAAGGCUUAUUCAUUAUGGUCGUUCAGAGUUGAAGCAAAGUGACCAUCGCCCAGUUAUUGCCAUUAUUGAUGCAGAAAUUGUGGAAAUUGAUUCACAGCGUCGACGCGAGGUUUUUGAACAAGUCAUAAGGGACUUGGGUCCACCUGAUUCUACGAUUGUUGUGCACGUAAAAGAGGAUGUCGUUUGUGACGACGGGCCGACUAUCUAUGAUGAAGCAGUCAUGUCUACCCUUAUUCAGGAAUUGUCGAAGUUGGGUGAAGUAACUUUGGUUCGAUAUGUAGAGGACACAAUGUGGGUAACAUUUCGAGAUGGUGAAUCAGCAUUACAUGCGAGUAAUAAAAAAUAUAUUCAUAUUUGUGGUUUGGAGCUACAACUUCAACUAAAGACUGCAAAUUGGCAACCAUUAGUUGACAAUGAAAUUGAAUUGUGCACAACCAACACUAUACCCCUGUGCUCGAAUCCUCAAGAACAAGCACAGUUAUUCAGUAGUUCACCUGACAUUCCGAGACGUCCGAAACAGCCUCCUGGGCGACCAGCACCAGCUCGCCCACCUAUGCCACUGUCACCUAAAAGUUCGCCUCGUCAUCAUCCACACGUUGGAGUUAUUAGUGUCGUCCCUGAAAUGCUGCAAUCUAAACUCUCCAAACAUUUAAUGACACAACCCUUACAGCCCUUACCAAUUUCGCCUCAAAACAAUCAAAAAAACACUAAAACUUCUAGCAAUGAAAGUAUUUCGUCUUCUAAAUCACAGUCACCUACUGAAACACAACAAUGUUCUCCAUUACAUUCGUCAUCUGCAGUUUCACCAGUUGAGUUGCACGACGAACAAUUCCCCCCAACUCCUCCAAGGCAAAGCAAAAAUUCUACACCAGUAUCCACACCAAUACGUCAACCGAAGCAAGAAGGUACUUCAACUUUUUAUGAUGGCAGUGCUAACAUAUAUGAAGAAAUACAAGAAGAAAUGCCAGCGCCUAGACAUCCACCACCUCCAUUUCCAUCAAUUGCAAACCAGGAAAUUGCUCCGAUUGCUUCUAUUGAAAGUCCUCGCAGACAAGUAGUAGUAACACAUCCGACACCAAUAGGUCCUCCACCACCUUUGCCGGCGCGGCGCGGACCUCCACCUAUACCCAAUCGCAGUGGAAAUGCACCACCACUUCCUACUCGACCAGGCAAUAACAAUUGAAGUACUAAUUUCAACAUCGCGCGUUAGACUCCUUUCCUGUGUUAUUAUAUUGAUUGUAGCGAAUUUGGUGUAAUAAUACUUACUUUGAGGCAUUAAUGGAUUUAUUUCUGCAACAUGAAAAUAAUAAUAAAAAAGUGUUAUAUCUUCAACUUCUAUGGGAACCUGGCAUUUCUAUGAAAAAAUUUGAAAAGAAAGAACUUUUAUGCCAAAUAAAUAGAAAUUUAAAGACAAAAUAAAAAGGUUUUUCAUACGUACUUAUUUUGCUAUUGCAUUAGUCAAACUUCAAAAUUAUUUGCUUUUCUGUUGUUAUUUGCAAGCGUAUUUUAGGUAUUUACGUAUGUAGUAUAAAGUUUUAAACCGACACAUUAUUAUUUUUCAAGUUGUGUUGCUGGAGCGAUUAAUUUGAAUGUAAAACCAUAAUUAUUAUCAUAAUUAUAUCUAAGUUAUUAAAUUUAUUAGUUAUAUAUUUUCAUAAUUUAUCUUUAUUAGAAAUAGACUGCAAUACAGAAGCUGACAUUCCGUAAUAAAAUUAAAUUUACCAGCUAAACCUUUAGAAGAGUAUAAUAAUCGCUAUCCAAAAAUGUAGCCUGUAGCCACUUAAGCCAAAACUAGUCAAAAAAGCUCAAUAACAAUUUUUAAAAAGGUAUUAAUAAUUAAAAAUGCAGUUAAAUGAAACAAAUGUAGGUAUAUUUGUACUAAGUUUGCUUAAUUGUUAAAGAAAAUAAAAUUCAAAUCAAUUAAGUUAAACCAAAUAACAAAGUUAAAUAACAUAAACAAAUGUGUUUAUGUUAAUAUUGUUGAAAGUAUUUUAUAGUAUAAAUAAAUAUUAGCAAUGUUAACAUGCAAGUCAGGAAGUUAUUGUUGCUGCUAGUAAAAUCCACUACUUAUAACAUAUUAAUCUAAGUAUGUAGAAUCCUGAGGCUUAAUUUAGCAUGAUAUUUGUGCAUUGUAAUGACAUAUAAAAACAUUGCUUGUCUUUGGUUAAAAUUAAUAAUUAAAUAAGAAUAGGCGAAAGCCCAUGCACAUUUGAAAAUGUUAAUUAUAAUCCCUAUAAAUGUUACAUUGUAAAAAAAACAUAUAAAUAUAAAUAAAGCUAUUAUAAAUCAAAAUACUAAAAUUGCAA